AACUGCGCUCUUGCAGUGCUUUUGGAUCACAUGAAACAGGACAUUCUGUCCGGGACUGGUUUACCUGUGGAAAUGUGCGUUUUGAUCAAAUCAAAUACACUCUAGGAUUGAUUGGAAACACUUGAAAAGCAGAGUCAUUAAAAGUGUGUCAGCAAAACCAUGGACGCCAUCUUCUGAAUGAUCAAAGGAAUAGACUUUCUAUGAUGAGAAACACCAUAAUCCCAUCUUCUACAAAGUUAAGUAUUAACUGUUUAUCAGGGCUGAAUUGGAUCUAGCUAUGGGGGAUUUGACUGUAUGAUAGUGUCUCAACCCACCUGUCUCAUGGAACCACCAACGAACAAGUCUGAACUUCCACCUCCUGCGCCUACCAAGAGAUCUUCUCAGGGAUCUCAUCAUGGGAUGUGUCUCCCGUUACACAGUAGUGACCAGAGUAACAACACGUUCACCUCUGAGUCUUCUCUGUCAUCAUCCAAAACCUCGCUCCUGUACGAUAGAGACGAGACAUCACCGGACUCCAUGCGUAGCUUGAGCAGUCUGAGUAGUGCCAGAACAGAUAGUCCUCUGGAUGUGGACAUGCCAGAUGUGGAGAUGGGAAAAGCAAUGGCCAACAGUGAUGAUUCAGGCAUACAGAGCCCAGACUGCAGACCAGACUACAGUGAGGACAACGACAACUCAGUGUCUGUCUAUCUGGAUGCUAAUGAAGACUGUUGGAGUGACAAUGACAACCGUAAUGUCACUUUGGUGGUAGCACAGAAGGUUGGUCAAACUGAUGGUGAUGAUGCAUUCUUGUGCUCUUCAGGAAAUGAUGAUGAUGAUGAUGAUGAUGACACUAAAGAAGAAGAGGGAGAAGACUCUUUUCUUUCUUUAUCCUCUGUAGAAUUAAUGAUGAAAAGCCAAGUUGUUGUCUCUGCUCUGGAAGUCUCCACCAGCUCUGAAGUGGUAAUGCCAAACAGUGUUUUACCAGACAUUUCUGAAGGCCAAACAGCAGAAGUGCCUAACGUGGCUACUGAGAAUGAACCCCAGAGGGAAGUUGUCCACGAAAAUGGGGAAGUCUCUGUUGAGUUGUCAUCAGCCAUUCAAAAAACUCACAUUAUGUAUGAGACAGUGGUGUCUCCUGAAAACAAAGUCUCCAUUUCAAUAACAAGUACCAGAAACACAACUUCUUCUCACUUAUCCAUCUCAAAAGAGGACAACAAUCCAAAGUCCACAGCAAAAAAGACCAAUGAUCUUGCAGGACAUUGUAUUGCCAAGCCUCGUACAAGGGCUCCUCUGGCCAAAGCCACAAAACUUGAGGUGAAGAGGUUCCCCAGGCCAGACCUGAGGAACGUGAAGGCCAAGAUCAUCUCCAGGGCUGCCUCUGCGCCAAGAUCAGCCAAUCCAGCAAAAACAAACACGAAUGUUAAGCAGUCAGCUUCAGGAAGUGUGAAGGUUCCUGUUAGUAGGAAGGUGGAAGAUAAUGCUGUUGGAAAAAGAAGCAGAUCAUCAUCAGCCAAUACAAGAGGAAAAGAAACAAAGACUUGCCCAAGUGAGGUUGCAUUUAAUGGCAGUCAGGAGAAAGAUGUAAACACUUUAUACUUGCCAACACAAGAAGAAGAAACAGCAAUGAAGUCAGAAUGUCCUUCUUCAGCUGCUUUUAAAAAUGAAGGAGAACCUCAACUUGAGAAAGAAGCUGGGGAAGAAACCUCUAAGAUUAACAGCACGACUGUGUCUUCCAAGCUGGGACCAUCUCUAGGGACUAACAGUACUUCCACCUCUGGACCCCCAGAACCCAGACUGAAGCCCUCUAACAGAGAAGCCCGACCCACAGGUAGUCUGGGUCCACCGGGAGGACGAGCGGUUCAGCCGGCUGGUAUUCCAAGGAUGCGCACCACAGACAGGUCCGCAGUACCCUGCAGCCCAACUUCUGUUUCCAGCUCUUUUUGUAAGGGUCCUCAGAGAGCUGCCUCUUCCAAACUGCCUGUCAAAGGCCUACCCACAAGCCCCAGCUCCUCAUCACUGGGAAGUACAAUCAGCGAAAGCAACAGUAUUGCUGUAAACAAAGUUCCUGUUGAAGGGAUGAAGAGUGAGGAGAAGUCUGUCAAACAAUCACCCACAUCCCAGAUUCAAGGAAAGUCUCUAGUUAUCAAACCUGUAUCAGGUCACCGCAGCAGAGCGAGCUCCACACCGUCUAAACCCGUAGCAGGGCUGAAAGCCCCAGCUGUGACCAGCCAUGUGACAGCUAAGACUAACCAGAAUGCUUUGCAGCGCAGUGGAUCUGCACGACUUAUUCGCUCAUCAUCAGUAAUAGUGGACAAGAGCCCUAAAGUGCCCAAAGCUGCUGGGCCAACAGCUGGACGGACACAGCAGCACAGCCCAGCUAGUCCUCAAGGAGGACCGACGGAGGAAGAGGAAGAGAGAGAUCUUCGUCUUCAAAAUGAGAAGAAGAGUCAAUGCAUCCUGCACCUCCGUAAACUCAUCGCUAACAGCAAUCGGCGCCUGGAGGCUCUCGCCUUGGUUGUGCAGCACAUCUUCAGCGAGCAUGAGGUGGCAGUCAAACAGAGGGAAGAACUUUCUGUCCAACUCAACAACCUGCAAGAGCAACUGGGUAACUCUGUCUCAUGUUGUGAGCAGUUGGAGAAAGAAAAGGAGGAGGUGCGCGUGACUUUGGAAGCAUUGUUCCAGAAACUACAGGAGCAGCAUCAGACAGAACUACAGCAGCUGGAGGAGAGACUGAAGGACUUCUACUCUGCAGAAUGGGACAAGACCCACGAGGCCUAUCAGAGGGAGGCGGAUAAAUGCAGGGCGCUCAUGCAGCAGCAGGUGGAUGAUGUGAGGAGCAAACAAGAAGCUCUGAGGAAUCAACAGGAAGUGGCACACACUGAGCAGAUAGCAAAACUGAAACAUGAACAUGAGACUUCACUUGCAGAGCUCAGGAAGACACAUGAACAGGACAAGCAAGAACUUGAUAAAACAGUGAAGGAAUCUGAGGCUAUGCUCAAUGAGAAAAUUCAGACUUUGACAGCAGAAAACGAGGCUUUGAAAGAAAGACUGAGAGCGGAGGAGGAGCGGAGGAGAGCUCUGGCAGACAAAAGUCAGAAGGACGCCCACACACUGUAUUUGGAACAGGAGCUGGAGAGUCUCAGGGCUGUGCUGGAAAUAAAGACCAACCAGAUACACCAGCAAGACAAGAAACUCAUGCAGAUGGACAAACUGAUUGAGGAUAAUUUGAAACUGGAAGAGUGUUUAAAUAAAGUCCAGCAGGAGAACGAGGACUACAAGGCAAGGAUGGACAAACAUGCUGCACUUUCAAAGCAGCUCUCCUCAGAGCAGGCCAUGCUUCAACAGACCCUACAGAAAGAGUCAAAGGUCAACAAACGGCUAUCUAUGGAGAACGAGGAGUUGCUGUGGAAACUACACAACGGAGACCUCUGCAGCCCUCGACGCAUCUCGCCCACCUCUCCCUUCCCCUCGCCCCAAAACUCCGCCUCCUUCUCCACUACCCCCAUAUCACCCAGAUAACCUCUGAACUCAGAGGCACCUAUGGACCUUUUGGCCAUUUUAUUCCUAUAAUAGGACCUGUACACUUUGUAAAGACUUGUAUGGUUUACUUGUUCCCUUUUCCAGUUAAAGACAAUGAUGCACAGCUGCACUUCUAGAUCAAGGAAUUGCCUUGUCCUGUUACAUGCCUGUUUGUUCUUUUCUGUCUGUCUGUCUG